AUGACAUUCCUUCUCACUCAUCGUUCCGCAAUUAAUACUUUCUCAUCCUCAAUCGUUUAUCGUCAAUUCUGGAAUUCUAUAAAUAUUAUUCGAAACAAAUACGAUCGAAAACGUGUACAAGAAAUUGGUGCGGAUUUGGCUUGCGCCGAAUGGUUAGUGCGAUGUGGUGGAUCGAUACGUUUUCAAAAUUGGGGCUCAUUCAUAUCGAAGUCCAAUCAAAUACCAACUAGUAUACCUGGACAAUUUCGAGUUGAAGAAAUCCGCGCGGUGAAUGCAUCUGUUACAUCCGAAGGUUUUGCUUAUUUAGAGGGACUUCAGCAUCUAAAAACGAUCCAUUUGGAAAAAUGCGAUCAAGUCGGUGAUAGCUGUCUAGCUCGAUGCAAUAGAGCGAAAGACACCGUCGAAUCGAUGACAUUGGUUGAUCUAGGUCAAAUUAGUGAAAAUGGUUUGGCGUAUCUAGCUGGAAUGAAAAAAUUAAAGCAAAUAAACUUGGCACGAUUGUUAAAUAUUAAAGAUCGUGCUGCAGUCAUAAGAUUAUUGACGGAUGAAUUACCACAAUGCAUGAUCAAUUAUGAUGACAAAUAUCCUCCGGCACGCGAACUCCAAUAA